GAGCCGCGAGCGUCGUCGUGGGCCACCCCCUGGACACGGUCAAGACUCGUUUGCAAGCUGGACAAGGAUAUGGAAACACACUGAACUGCGUUCUCACCGUGUACAGAAAUGAGUCUGUGGCCGGCUUCUUCAAGGGCAUGGCCUUCCCGCUGGCCAGCAUCGCCGUCUACAGCUCCGUGGUGCGGAGGAGCUGGACUUGGUCUGAGCUCGGUUUGCAAAGAGCAGCUCCCGCGUGAGCAUCCUCUCCUCCGUCCUGCUCACCCUGUUCAAUCAUGCUGUGUGUUAUUCCAACACUUGUAUCCCUCUUUUUCCUUCAUCUCCCAGCAAACAUUCCAUCGAAGCCCACUGUGCCUGGACUGCCCGUGUACCGAGGCCCCAUUCACUGUUUCAGGACAGUCCUGCAGAAAGAAGGGAUAACGGGGAUAUACCGGGGCGCGGGAGCGAUGCUGCUGAGGGACGUUCCUGGAUAUUGCCUGUAUUUCAUCCCUUACGCGUUCUUCUGUGCAUGGAUCACCCCGGACGGAUGCAUUUCCCCUAGCCCCUCUUCCGUGUGGCUAGCAGGCGGCGUGGCAGGAGCGAUUUCCUGGGGGACCGCGACUCCGAUGGAUGUGGUGAAGAGUCGGCUUCAGGCGGACGGCGUUUACGACAACAGGUACAAAGGGAUCCUGGACUGCAUCCUGCAGAGCUACCGGAGUGAGGGCUUGAAAGUCUUUUUCAGGGGCAUCACGGUCAAUGCAGUGCGAGGAUUUCCAAUGAGUUCAGCCAUGUUUCUUGGCUAUGAACUGUCUCUCAAAGCAAUGAAAAGAGACCAAACUGAGACCAAUCCUUAACCUCCAGCAUGGGGCUUCUGAUGCCAAGAGCGGGAG